ACCAACUGAACUCUGUUGUCAGAACUACCAACUGUCAAGAUGGGGCCACCGGCUCAGCUCUGCAGAUGGGCAGAACCCCUGACUGGGCUCUCGGUGCCACGGCAAGCUGGAAUAUGCCACAGCAAGCAGGAAUAUGGUCUGUCAAGAUCCAAGCAUGGUUAACGAUCACUUCUUCACACUCAAUGGCCUUUCAGGAGCUCCUGGAUCAAGUUGGUGGCCUGGGGAAAUUCCAUAUCCUUCAGAUAGUUUUAGUUUUUCCUUAUUUACUGUUGCUAUUAAGUCAUUUCCUUUUGGAGAACUUCACUGCAGCCAUUCCCAGUCAUCGCUGCUGGGUGAACAUCCUUGACAAUGACACAGUCACUGAUAAUGAUACUGGCAUUCUUAGCCCUGAUGCCCUCCUUAGGAUCUCCAUCCCAUUGGACUCAGAAUCGAGGCCAGAGAAACGUCAGCGCUUUAUCCGUCCCCAGUGGCAUCUCCUUCAUCUGAAUGGAACCUUCACCAACAGGACUGAGCCAGACACAGAGGCCUGUCUGGAUGGCUGGGUUUAUGACCAGAGCUCCUUCCUCUCCACCAUGGUGUCUGAGUGGGACCUCGUACGUAGUUACCAGUCAUGGAGAUCAGUUGCUCAGUUCCUGUUCAUGGCUGGAAUGUUGGUGGGAGGCUUCAUAUACGGUCAUCUCUCAGACAGGUUUGGGAGAAAGGUGGUUCUCAUGUGUUUAUUACAGCUUCCCGUCAUCGGGACGGGUGCCGCGUUUGCUCCCACCUCCCUCAUCUAGUGCUUCCUUCGCUUCUUGUCAGGUUGUGCUGCCAUCGCCAUCUUGGUCACCGGCUCUAUUCUCAUCAUAGAGUGGAUAAGUCUCCGGUCGAAAGUCAUGACAAUAGUACUGAUAAAUUGUGCCUUGAGUAUUGGACAGGUAAUUCUGGGAGGACUGGCAUUUGCCCUUCGAGAGUGGCGCAUCCUGCAGCUGGCGGUGUCUGUACCUUACUUUGUCUUCUUUCUCUCCUCGAGGUGGGUGGUGGAAUCCGCUCGGUGGCUGAUUAUCAACAAUAAACCAGAUGAGGGCUUAAAGGAACUUAGAAAAGUUGCACAAAGAAAUGGACGGAAGAAUGCUGGUGAAACCCUGACCAUCGAGGCUUUAAGAUCCGCCACGAAGGAGGAGCUGGAGACAGCACAGACCCAAACUACUGUGUGUGACAUGUUCCGCACCCCCAGCUUGCGGAAGAUAAUCUGUAUCCUGCUAUUUGUGAGAUCUGCAAUUGCGAUACCCUUUUAUGGCAUCAUUUUGAAUCUACAUCACUUUGGGAAUAAUAUUUUCCUGUUCCAAGUGGCCUUUGGAGCUCUCACCACCGUCGCCCGAUGUCUUCCUGUUUUAGUAAUGAAUUAUAUGGGCCAUCGAACAACCCAGACACUUUUCCUGGUCCUCACGGGACUUUCUAUUUUAAUCAACACCUUUGUGCCCCAAGACAUGCAGAUUCUGCGUGUGGUUUUGGCAAGUGUAGGAAUCAGCUCUGCCGCUGCUUCUUUCACUUGUUUUGGUAUCUACUUCUGUGAGAUCAUCCCCACGGUCCUCAGGGCAAGAAUUUUAGGAUUUGACACACUGGCCAGUAGGGUUGGGACCACACUGGCUACCCUCUUGAUGAUCCUACAGGCAUAUCUUUCCACUCUGCCCUGGAUGAUCUAUGGAGUCUUUCCUAUCACCUCUGGGCUUGCUGUCCUCUUCCUCCCUGAAACCAAGGGUCUGCCUCUGCUGGACACCAUCAACAACCUGAAAAAUAUCAAAGAAAUCUCAAGAAAAGUAAAUGAAAUGAAUUCCCACAUAAAAGUGACAAAAGUUUAAGGAGUUUUCAUGAGCUGACUGCUGAGGAAAGAAAAAUAUGAAAGAAAAAUAAAAUACAAAAAUUUCCUUAUAUAUA